GGGGGUUCACUUCUUCUUCUGGUCCUCCUUCUCAAUACUUGUAGCAGCCUGUUCUACAAUCGCAGACAGAAGGACAACCACACACAAAUACAGUAUGAUCGUCAGGAGAACAACAUCGUCAAUUGCAGCAGCCAAGCUCGCAGCUCGUAGGAACCACCCGGCUCUUGGACCCGAUCGUCUCUUCCGCCCACUUGCCACCGCCACUCUUCCGCGUCAGCCAGCAUCAUCUUCUACCUCCCUCCUCACAACGCAUCACAAGCGCUACUUUCAUGCCUCGAGGAUAGCCAAGCUACCUCCUGGUGGCGGAGGUGGUUUCCCCGGCGGGUUCCCCGGUGGCGGGAUGCCUGGUCAGCAGAGCAAGAAGCCGGGAGAGACAUUACAGGAGUAUACUUCGGACCUCACUGCGCUUGCCAAAGAAGGAAAGCUGGAUCCGGUCAUCGGGAGGGGAGAAGAGAUUAGGAGGGUGACGCAGAUUUUGGCAAGGAGGACAAAGAGCAAUCCGGUCCUGGUUGGUGAAGCUGGUACUGGUAAAACGGCAGUAGUCGAGGCUCUUGCUCAGCGCAUCAUCAACAAGGAGGUCCCCGCCAGCCUGCAAUCCAAACGAGUCCUUUCCUUGGACCUAGGCCAGUUGAUGGGUGGUACAGGCGUACGAGGAGAAUUCGAAAGCAGGAUAAAGGCGCUACUCAAGGACAUUGAGAAGAGCGAGGGAGAGAUCAUCCUCUUCAUCGAUGAGCUGCAUAUGAUCUUUGGUAUGGGAAAAGCCGAAGGCUCACUCGACUUCGGCAACAUGUGUAAGCCGAUGCUCGCUCGUGGGACAUUGCAGCUACUGGGAGCUACGACGAACGAAGAGUACCGUAAGACAAUCGAGAAGGAUGCCGCCCUUGCCAGGCGGUUCCAGCCUGUCCAGCUCAACGAGCCUUCGAUCGCGGAGACCAUCUCAAUCCUUCGUGGACUGCGUCCCCGCUACGAGGUGCAUCACGGAGUUGCCGUCGCGGACGCUGCACUCAUCGCUGCUGCCAAUCUUGCCGGUCGCUAUCUCAACGAGCGGCGGCAGCCCGAUGCAGCCAUCGACCUCGUCGACGAAGCCAUGUCGGCGCUCAGGCUUCAGCAAGAGUCCAAGCCAGAGAGACUGGAGGUCAUCGAGAGGGAUAUCAUGACGCUUCAGAUCGAACUCGAGUCGCUGCGAAAGGAGACGGACGAGUUCUCUGCCGACCGGAGAGACAAGAUCGAAAAGGCUGUGAAGGACAAGCGGGGCGAGAUGAACAAGCUCUCGCAAGUCUGGCAUGAGGAACGCGCUCGACUGGACCGGCUCAAGGAGAUCAAAGUAGAGAUGGAAGACUUGCGGAUCGACCUCGAACGGGCGGAAAGAGAGCGGGACUUCCAAGCUGUAGCUGAGAUUCGGUACGGAAGAAUUCCGGACCUGGAGAGACAGCAGCAGGAGGCCGAGGAGAUGCUCAGUCGUCGCAAAGCUAGCAAGACAACAGAAGGACUUGAGAAGGAGCUGGAGGAUGAGGAAGCAGCCGACCUCAUGAUCCACGAUCGCGUGACAGCAGAGGACGUGGCUGCCGUCGUCAGUCGACAGUGCGGUAUCCCCGCCAAGAGUCUGCUGAGAGGAGAGCGUGAGCGACUCUUGCACAUGGAAGACGCUCUCCGUCUGAGGGUCGUCGGUCAGGAUGAAGCUCUGCAAUCCAUCGCCGAGGCAGUGCGAUUGAGCAGAGCUAACCUACAGAACGAGAAGAGGCCCCUAGCUUCUUUCCUCUUCCUCGGCGCUACCGGUACGGGCAAGACGGAGACGGCGAAAGCGGUCUCGCAAUUCCUCUUUGAUGACGAGAGCUCCCUGAUCACGAUCAACUUGUCCGAAUUCAGCGAGAGCCACUCCCUCGCCCGUCUCAUCGGCUCUCCCCCCGGCUACGUCGGCCACGAGGAAGGCGGCGAGCUGACGAACAAGGUUCGUCGUCGUCCCUACAGUGUCAUUCUCUUCGACGAGCUAGAGAAAGCCUCCAAGCAAGUCCAGCUGGCCAUGUUGCAAAUCCUCGAUGAAGGGUCUCUCAGCGAUUCUCAUGGCCGGAAAGUCUCAUUCAAGAAUUGCAUCAUCAUCUCCACUUCCAACCUAGGGGCCGAAGCUCUGUACGACCCUGCUUCGCGGGAUGAGACUGGUCAAUUGAAAGCAGAGGCAAAGGAGAAAGUGCAGCAAGCCGUCCUGCAGCACCUUGCUCCCGAGUUGGUGAAUCGCUUCGAUGACCAAAUCGUCUUCAACAACCUCCGUCCCUCGGACCUGAGAGGGAUCGUCGACUUGCGUCUAGCAGAGGUGCAACGUCGACUAGAAGCCCAACGCAUCAUGCUCGAUGUCGACUCUUCCGCGCGAGGGUGGCUGGCAGAGAAAGGGUACGACCCAAUCUUUGGUGCGCGCCCACUGGCAAGAGUCGUACGUAGGGAGAUCCUCAACCCGCUUGCGAGGGGAUUGAUUGCUGGAACGAUUCGAGCGGGAGACGUUUUACCCAUCAGGCUCGAGACUGGUGCUGAGGGAGAGAAGAAGUUGGAGUUCCAAUUCCUGCACAAGGCUGAAGAGAGGAAGACGGCUAAGGGCAAGAAGAGUGGGGUCGCGGGUGCAAGUCCGGGCUCGGCGGAAGCUCAAGAUGACAGUGGCUCUUCGAUGGACAAGGAUAGAGGUGCAGUAGAGGAAGAGGAGGAAGCCUGGCGAGUUGUUGAACCUGGAGGAAAAGAGUAGCGACAUCUAUACAGAGGCACACGAGACAAGGCGAGACGAGAUGAGAGCAGGCAGUCUAGAGUCUAGAGAGCAAGAGGGCUUGUAAUACCAUGAAGCCCCGAUUCGUCCUUCCCACACAUUGUAUUUUUCAACCCACCACUCAUCAUUACGACUGCUACUGCGACAGCAAGUGCAUUAAUACAUACCAACUUCUUCAGCAUGAUACCACUACCACUUUCUUCAGAAUUUCCUCCAGCAUUAGCAACCAGCUCUUGACCUGCCUCUAGCUCACUACAUUGCACCUCUCGAGGGGUUCAAAAGAGUGAUAAAAUGGUAUUAUCGACAGGAAGCACAGGAGAGGAUGGGAGAGGAGAGGAGAGGGAAGAAGAAGAGAGGAGGAGAG